AUGAAGCUCUUGUCAUCGACAGCUCUCCGAAUGAGACCAGCUCUCACUGCUGGCAACUCACUACGGUUGCGGGGGACAGCGAGACAUCUAACCACGAUGCAGGCGUCGAACCGGUUGCGUACGGCGCUCAAAGAGGGUAGAAAGUCUAUGGGCGCCUGGCAGAUGCUCCCCGGCGCAAACAUAUCGCGAGUGUUGGCGCGGUCUGGGGUUGACUGGGUCCUGGUUGACUGCGAGCAUGGAAACUUGGAUGAUGGCGCUAUGCAUGAUGCUGUCCCGGCGAUUGCAGCAUUGGGAGUGUCACCCAUUGUGAGAUUGCCCGACAUCCAAGGCUGGAUGGUGAAGCGUGCUCUCGACAGCGGAGCCCAUGGUAUAGUCGUGCCGUUGCUACGAACUCCCGAAGAAGCUCGACAGCUCGUCCAGUCGUCCAAGUUUCCACCCUUGGGCCAACGAGGCUUCGGCUCUCCAAUUGCCCCAGAGCGAUUCAACCCAGUGCCUUCCUUCACAGAUUACCUCCAGCAGGCCAACGACUCCCUCUUGACUAUUGUCCAGAUUGAGACCAAGGAGGCGCUCGAGUCCAUUGACGAGAUUGCCGCUGUUGAGGGUAUCGAUGUCUUGUUUGUUGGGCCAUUUGAUCUAGGAAAUAACAUUGGUCAUCCCAUUAUAAACGGCGUCAUGACACAGGAGCUGAAAGACGCCAUCGCCAAGGUGCUCUCUGCAGGUCAGAAAGCCGGCAAGAAGACGGGAGUGUACUGCACGGGAGGCGAGCAGGCAAAACUAUUCGCGGACCAGGGCUUUGACAUGAUGAAUGUCGUGACGGACUACACGGCGCUGGGCGUUGUGGCCAAGGAGCAGCUCAGCUUUGCCGAAGGGAGGCCCUAA